ACACAGGUACUGGGCAAUGCCACCUUCUUCCAGGCCGUGAUGAAUGUGCUGAACAUUCUGACGGGCGUCGGUCUGCUCUCCAUACCCUUUGCUCUGCGGCAGGCCGGCUGGGCCGGCCUCGGCAUCCUGUGGCUGCUGGGCAUAGUCACAAACUACACAGCAAAAGCCGAGAGCAGCAACGGCGCCGCACCGCCCAUGAUCGGUUACGAGGACAUCGGGGGAGCGGCGUUUGGUGCGCUCGGCCGCACCAUCGUGAGCUCUGUCAUGUACGUGGAGCUUCUCGGCACCUGCGCGCUGCUCUUCAUCCUGGAGGGCGACAACCUGUUUCAGCUGCUGGGAACGAAACUGGCGUCGAGCUCUGGCGCGUACAUGGUUCUGGCAGCGGCAAUCAUGGUUCCCACGGUGUGGCUGCCCGAUCUCAAGUCGCUGUCCUACCUGGGCUUUGCCGGCAUUACUGCUACGCUCACGGUCACCGCAGCUGUCGCCUAUACUCUGCUUGUUUGCUGCGUCAUGAGCGCAGGAGGGUAUCCUGCGGGGGCUGUCACGUCGGCAGGCAAUUGGGCGACGCUGCCUCUGGUGUUUGGCAUAAUGGCAUUUGUGUACUCGGGCCACGGCGUUUUCCCCUCCGUCCGCGCAUCCAUGAAACGCCCAGAACACUUCCCCAAGGCGCGGCUUUCUUCAACCCAAAAUCUUGGUUUCACCCCUUUCUCAACCCCUGUGCAGGUGUUGGAUGCUGCUUACCUGGUGGUGGGCACUCUCUGUACCUUCAUCGGAGCUGCGGGCUACUACAUGUACGGCAAUGGAGCCCUGGACGUCAUCACCUUCAACCUGCCCAAGGGGCUGCUGGCGACGCUGUGUGCGUCGCUGAUUCUGGUGAACCCGGUCGCCAAGUUUGCCAUCACGCUGGACCCAGUCGCAGUGGCUGCCAAUACUUCACUCGCCUCGGUCACACAAGGAUUUCCUGCGGGUCUGAGGAGAUUCGCAGUGCGAACAGUGAUGGCUGCGGGCUGCUUGGUGGCUGCGCGCUUCGUUCCAUUUCUGGCGUAUGUCAUGGCGCUGAUUGGGUCAUUCCUGACCAUCUCCGUCUCCGUGAUAUUCCCUGCCGCCUGCCACCUCAGCAUCUUCAGGGGCAAGCUGUCAAGGCGGCGUCUGCUGUGGAAUUAUGCGGUGGUGGCAAUAGGAGUGGUGUGCGCACUUUCAGGCACUGCAGCCUCUCUGCGUGCACUUCUGCAGAGCACAGCCACUGCAUGA